AUGAGUUCCUUAAUAUCCAUACAAUUGUUGAUUUGCAUAGUGGUAUUACUACCAUCGUGUUAUAGAGGAGAAACCGAAUUAAACAAAGAAGACUCAUCAAACCAGUUCCUAAAUCUCAAAACCCAAGAUCUAGAAAAUGCAAUUCAAUAUGGUACCCAACAAAUUAAUAUGCUUUCUCGUCAUGAGGAUUCGUUAUCGUAUGCUGAUGUUCAUGUGAAAAUUGGGAGCCCGUCCCAUGGACAACUGAUCGAUUCUAAACCUUCCAUAGACGGGCAUUUGGCAUCUCGAAAUGCUGAAAUUGUUAUUAAAGCUUCACAUUACAUAAUGAACAAACAUUGUUUGGGCACCGGAAUUAGUCAAAUUCAAUGCGCCAAAGAUUUAGCAAAAGUAAAACUAGACCAGACUUCUUUGGGUGAGAUGUGCUUGUCAAAAUAUUUCAACGAAACAGCGUGCGUUGGGAAGAACUUGAAGUAUCGUAGUGCAGACGGUUCUUGUAACAACUUGAAACAUUCCUUUUGGGGAAAGGCAAACACGGCUUAUAAACGUUUAUUGUUUCCAGUCUACAAAGAUGGUUUGAGCUCGAUUAAAGAACUGCCAAAUUCUAGAGAACUGAGCACCGGUCUUGUCAACGACGAGAAUUCACCCGACAGCGUGAAAACGAUCGCGAUGGCGUACUGGACGAUAUUCAUAGGCCACGACCUAUCACACACGGCUGUUUCCAGCAUGCUGAAAACGAACAAAUCGGUGGACUGUUGUAACGAGAACGGAAUGAAGCAAGCGCCACGGUACACACACCCGUCAUGCGCGCCCAUAAUCAUACCGAAAGACGAUAAAUUUUUUUCACCACUUCGCCGCACGUGCAUGAACUACGUGCGUUCGGUGCCAGCGAUGCGGACCGAUUGCACAUUUGGACCCAGAGAACAAUUGAACCAAGCCACUCAUUAUUUGGACGGGUCAAUGAUAUACGGCUCGUCAGCAGAACAGACGUGGUCGUUGAGGAGCAAGUCGCGAGGUCAAAUGUUGACGCACACUGGCGGCGACGGCGAUAGCGAUAGCGACAGCGACGGUGACCCGUUGCGUCCACAGUAUAUGCCCCUGGCUGCCAGCGAGUCGAAUGCGUGCCAGGCGGGAGGCGAUUACGCUGGCACGUGCUAUACGGCUGGCGACGUCCGAGCGAAUGCUCAGCCUCAUCUGACGGCCAUGCACACGCUGUGGAUGAGGGAACACAACCGGGUGGCCGGGCUGCUGGCCGUCAUCAACCCGCACUGGGAUGACGAGCGCGCGUUCCAAGAGGCCAGAAAAAUUGUGACGGCGUCUAUACAGCACAUCACGUAUGGCGAGUGGCUCCCAGCACUGCUUGGCAAAAAGUACACCAAGCGGGGAUUGGAACUGUCACCGAAGGGGUACAGUGACGCGUACGAUGAGACCGCUGAUCCGACCGUCAGCAAUAGCUUCGCGACCGCGAUACUGCCGUUCGUCAACUCCAUGUUCAACGAGACCCUCAGUUUAUACUUUGAAAACCGAGCGACAAACAAAAGUCUUUCAUUAAAGGAACAUUAUAAUCGACCGUCCGAUUUACAGAUGAACUACAUGGAUCAUCUUGUCAGAGGACUAUCCAUGCAGAAUACACAAAAAGUCGAUAUGCUAUUCACGCAAACGAUCACAAAUUACUUAUACAGUCAUCCAGAUAAUAUGUUUGGGAUGGACAUUGUCAGUUUAGAUAUACAACGAAGCCGCGAUCACGGUAUUCCAAGCUACACACAAUUUAGAAAAUAUUGUGGACUAAAAGACAUAAAAAAUGUACAAGAUUUGAAUCAAAUUAUGGUUAAAGGAUCAACUAAUAGAUUAUUGAGACAAUACAAAACUUGGGACGAUAUAGAUCUAUUGAUUGGUGCAUUGUUUGAGAAACACGAAGACGAUGCAAUGGUAGGCCCAACGAUGAGAUGCAUUAUUAGAGAACAAUUUAUAAGAACUAGAAUUGCAGAUAGAUAUUUUUAUGAUUUGCCAAAAGUAUUCAAAAAACAUCAACUGGCUGAAAUCAGAAAAGUGACUCUUGCAAGAGUCUUUUGUGAUAAUAGUGAUAAUGUCACAAAGAUGCAACAACGAGUAUUUUUUAAACCUAUAUCUGCUGAAGAUGAUUUACUGCCUUGUGAUUCCCUAUUAAUUCCAAAAAUCAAUCUUAAACAUUGGUUAGAAACGGUCGAUACAAAUAGGAAAUAACUUAAAUAUCAAUGUCUAAAAGGUCAUAAAUGUUAAUGACUAUGUUAUCUGACUUGUGAUUGAAGCCUAAUAACCACUGAUAACUUGUUAUUCUUUUUUAUUGUUAGUUUUAUUGCUAACAGUCUAAAUCACUUGCGUCAUCGGCCUACGUAUAGUGUACACAUAGGCUUUUAUGAUAACUAAUUGAUAAACUAUAAAAUUUAAACGAUAAAUUCCUUUAGAGAAUUUACUAAUUUAGGCAAAUUAGAUUUUAUUUUGAAUAAAUAAAAAUUAGAAGUUUAUAGAUUCUAUUGUAUAGGUAUUAUUUGAUUUUUCAUAUUGUAAUUAAUGAAAAUAUUAAACUUAUGUGGAUUUUUAUCCAAAUUUCCUAUUACAUCACUGUACCUUGUUAAUAAAUUGUAAAUUAUAAAUAUUGGCUUUUUUAGUAAUAUAAUUAUUAUCAGACUAA